UUUUUUUUAUACUUUCUUUUCUUGUUCACCCCUACCCAUCAUCCUUCAUAUUCCUUCUCAAUCCUUUGUUUAAAUCUUCUCUUAUACUGUCCUUCUUCCUCCCUCCAUCCGUCCUUUUUGAAAUAUCCUCGGCUUCACUGUUGCUUGUUUGCUUCCAACCAUGGGUCAAAGUAACUCCACGCCUUCGCGGACCAGCAGGCGCUCCCGCUCCCGUUCCUUGCCCCAAAGACAGCAACACUUACAGGAGCACCAUGCUUACACUCACUCGGCUACUCCCACACAAUCUACUAUUCCUCGUGCUAAUCGUGCUAUGACUCUACCUCAGUCUCAUGUCAAUACCAGUUCACAUGUAACUCCAACUAGAAACAAUCGUAAUUGUAGUAGCAAUAGUCGCCAUAAUUGUAAUAACAAUAACAACAGCAACGAUAAUAGUAAUUACAGCAAUGACGGCGACCCAUCCCUUUCACAUCAGAACAUUCAAAAUCACAUGCCCCAGUCAUUGUCUCGAUCUCAUUCGUCACAACUACAACAGCAGACACACCAAGCACAACAGAACCAGAAUCCUAUGCAACCUUCACAACCCACCCACCCACUUCCUGCUGGCUCUUCAGGGACUUCAGCUACAGCAAUAACGCCCGCACGAGUUGUGCGCUCAACCACCCGUCGACGGCGACUACUGGCAGCCUUCUAUCCCUUGCUCUCUCGAAACAGAAACAGCAGAACCCCUAAUGGCAAUGACAGCAAUAAUGAGAAUAGUAGUAGCAGUAACAGCAACAACAACAACAACAACAACAACAAUAGUAGCAGCAGCAGGGGUAAUAAUGACAAUCACAAUAGAGGCAAUAAUAGUGCUGGCCAUAGUAUCAACAAUGAUAGGCGUAAUCCUGGCAUCAAUAACGUCAACAGUAGCAAUGGAGGCGCUAAUGGCAGUUUUACCAACAUUAGAACAACUCAAGAUAACAGAACUGACACUCCUGGUGGUAGCAGCGUUGCCAACAACCGCCGACCUGCAGAGCCACGCACAGCCCAGUCCACUUCUCGCCAUCGUCAGUCAGAUCGUACGAGCCACACCCAUUCGCCUCGACCAGCACAGACUCGUUCACAGACUCUCCAGGCCGUGUCUGGUACCCGUACACCCCGUGGUGUCUCUCGGGUGCGCCGGUACGACGAACAGUCCAUUAGGAGUUUCCGCUCCUCAUCUAGUCGAUCGUCCAGUCUCCUUGCACUCUCUCCCUCCUCAACAACAACAGCCGCCUCUUUGCAUCCGCAUGUCUUUCUGCAUCACACUCAUCGUCCUUCCUCGGAGCCUAUGGAGGUUGACCUCGAACCAACAGCCGUUUCAUACGCUCAGGCUGAGGUCGACUCUGGGCCAAGAGAAAAUCACCGGUCAUCUGACUUGGAAACUAUGCCACACAAUGGAGCCACCUCCGUCUCGGGCUCCUCCGGCGUCAUGGACAUGGGAUAUCCUUCUAGAUUAGAUACCAGCCUGUUCGUCGCUCGGUCAAAUCCUCGAGUAGGCACAUCCAUUUCCUCAAGUCUGCUCCCAAUACGACCUGACUCUGAAGAUGAGGACGAUGAUGGCUUUUUCUCCAGUGAUGCUCAUAGCCAACGUUGGAGGACAAUGGAAUAUGAGCAGGCUCACAACUAUGGACAGUUGAACACGUCGAGCGACACUGCCAGUUUACCAACACGCUAUCGCCUCGACAUUGCUGAUCAUGGGCUUGAAACAAAUGAACCGACAGUUACAGCAACAAAUGUGGGUUCAAUUAGUCAUAGAGAGAGACGACCACGCGCAUCACGUCCUAGUCGAUAUCCACCACCAGAAAUGGUCGCGGACCUGAUUCAACAUCAAAUUGUACAAGGAAUAGCUGAAGCAGCAGCAACAACAGCAGCAGCCGGAGAAAAUACGAGGACUUUAUCACCUCAGAGCCCCAAUGAUAUGCUUAAUACUGAUGCUACUGCAGAGUUGAUUCCAUCAUCCUCUCCUCCUACUGCCACGAUGACUAGUAACAAUAACAACAGCAACAGCAAUAACACCCCCGACGCAAGUCUUGAAGAAGCAGCCCCGAUUACAGAACGUAAUGAGAAUAACCUUCGUGCGGAUAUAACUUUGGGUGAUGAUGAUUCGUUUGCUCAUCGCAACUCAAGGGUCCACCGAAGACGACUUCGAUCCUCAAGUCUUCGAGGAUUACUUGGAUUUCCACCUGCAGGCAGCUCUGGAAAUAGCGAACGUGUGGUUGGUACGGGAUUAGAUCGAGGGUUUACACCUGUGCAUCGUGAGCGAGCAGGAACUGGACGGUCUCUAGGUUCAGCAGGCUCUUCGGGAUCGUUAGAGACAUUGGACCAACGACGGCUUGUAGAGAGCCAGAUUCCGUUCUUUGCGCGUCUCCUAGCGGAAAUUGGGCGCAGUUUACGGGGACAGCAGGGCCAAGGUGAUGAUGGCGACCGUACUACGACAGAUGGCAGUAGUGCACUUGACGGAUCUGAUGGUAUGGCCACAGCAGCAACAUCUGCAGGAGCCACGUUUACUGUGCAGGCGACAAUCAGAGAGAGGUCUACACUAUCCGAGGCUAUGGGUAUGUCACCUUUAACAAAUGCUGAAGGCUCGGUCGGUCAGACAACAAAUCCAGUUCGAGCAAGACAGGGGGCGACAGUUCGUUUCAUUCAAAUCGGUGGAAGUGGAGGGCUCGCUGCGUUCGGACAGAGACGACCGCGAAGCGAGUCUGUCACCUUAGGACAGGGUCAGGAACAGAGACAGGGUCAGGAACAGGAACAAGAACAGAGACAGGGGCAGGGGGAGGAGCAGGAGCAGGAACAAGGACAGGGACAUGGACAUGGACAGGGGCAGAGGUCGGGAUUAGGAAUAGGAUUUGGUCUGGGAUCAAGAUCAAGGUCCGGGUCAUCACGUAGUGAACCAUCAGAACCGUCUAUGAGGGGCAGACGGGACGAGUUCACAGAGGCGAUCCUUAUGUUUUUGAACGACCCAGCCUCAGGAGCUGGAUCAGACAAUGAGUCACCGGAAAGUCCAACAACAGAAGGCAGUAAUAGUAAUGCGCCAAGAACGCGAUCUCGAAGAUCGCCUUGGGUUGUUUUUACACUUUCAGGAGCCUAUCUCAGCAGCCUGCUGGCAGGCGGUAUGGAUGUUAACGAUAGUGAAGGUCUAAGCUACGAUGACUUGUGGAUGCUGUCCAACUUGAUAGGGCCAGCACGACCAGUCACAACGACACAAGAGGCUAUUGAUGAUGCAGGGUUCCAUGUGGGUCAAUUUGAGAAUGCAGCACAAGGAAUGCGAGGGUUUGAGAUGCUUGGCGAUGGAUCCAAAUGUUUAGUAUGCAUGAGUGAUUAUGAAGAAGGAGAAGAGCUGCGUGCAUUACGUUGUAAACAUGGCUUCCAUCAAGCAUGUAUUGACAAGUGGCUAACUACGGGUGCCAACAAGUGUCCUGUGUGCCGUGCAGCGGCUGUUGAGCCUUCAACCACGAACACCCCCGUAGCAACAGCAGCAACUAGUGCAGGACAUGACUCAGUUUUUGAAUGAAGACAAUAAUCAUUUUG